CCACUACCGUAGGCGGUAUUAAGAGAUAAGUGAGGCGGAAGACCCCAUAAUAGAGAAAGUGACAGCACUAACAACGAUAGUCGUUUAGAGGACAUGGGAAAUGGCCGGCGUGCUCAGUCUAUUUUAUAUAUAACCAAGUCUAUGGCCCGCUGAUAUCUAAAUUCCACAUUCAUUGGCUAGAUAUUGAUGAAGGCAUAACCUCAACGUAUGUGACGUGAGGCGGAUGUUUUCGCGCCAAAUAGUUACGAUCGAUGGGAACAAUGAAAGGAACACACGCGGUACACUUGGUUUUGCGCCUGUUGUUAUUGGUUUGAAAAUAACUAAAGGACGUGAAAACUAACGAAUCGAUCGCACUGCUCGGUAAAUUUGUUUCGCCUCGGGCUCAAAACUCUGCGAUGCGUUUUUAGUCAGCGUCAGUUUAUCUCUUGUGUUUAAUCGGAGUGAGAUAAUUCUGUAUUUUCGUGAUGAACGAAUUUGAGGUGGAUACCGAAGUGAAGAGAAUCGCAGAAGCGAUUGCAUCUAGUCGAGAAACUCUUCAGUGCACAUUCUGUCGUCAACUGCCAAAUGAGGCUGUCAGCGGAAAAUGCGGUCAUCCAAUUUGCAAAAAUUGUGCGAGCAAGAUAUGUGGAACGAGAAAAGCGAUCUGCCCUAUCUGCAAGACCAUCUUAACAAGAAGCAGUAUACGCAAAGUAAAGACUAUUGACGACGCUGUGAAGUGUCUGAAAAGACUCAUUGAUGCAUUUGAGACAGAUUCGAGGACUAAUUUUUUGUCCUUUAACCUAAUUCCAACAAAGCAGGAUAAGGAUCCGAAGCCUUCGACCAGUGGAAUUGUUGAACAUCACUUUGUCACAAAUCAACCUCAGAGAUCUCGUAAAAGUUCAGCGGCAGAUGGGAUAAGAAGACGAGCGACCAUCGAUUCUGGGGAAACUCUUAAGAUAACAAGGAGAAACUCCUUACAUAGAAAUGAAGAUCUGACGAGUAUGUCGAACGAGAGUAAUACUACUUUGGGAAAAGGGCAUGCCUCCAUGGUCCAUGGUCUCUUAGCUAAAUCUGAACCUCUCGAACCGAACGAAAAGGUUGGUCUUUGGUUGGAUUCGGAGGAAUUUGAUGAACAGCUUGUGGUUGUCGGAGAAAUAGAAAAACCAGUUAUCCCUCUGGUCCCAUCUAUUGCAACAACUGAGGUCCCAGACUCAGCGUCCAUAGUACGUCCCAAUUCGCGCAUGUCACUACAGAGUGGUAAAAAAACUACAUCCCUAACUAAAAAGAAUCGAGCCUCGUCGACUCCAAAGAAGAAAAAAAAUGGGAUUACUUCUAACACCACUCCCGAGGAAAACAUGUUUGAUGAGUUGUGCGGGAAGAAAGUAUCUGAGCAACCAACGCAAAAUAGGAAAGUCAAAAUUGCCUCAAGUUCGGCGGAUAGUUCAUGGUGUAAAUUAGAACAAUUUGAACAGGAAACAAGCGCCAAGGUCAGAAAACGCAAACGAUUGAACAUCAGUAUAGAAAAACCAAGUACAUCGAAGCAAGUUGUUGGGACAUUGGAUUUAGAAUGUUCUGAAGAUGAUGAUAAAAUCGAGGAUGCUAAAAGUGGUGAAAAUCUGAUCGAUAGCAACGAUGUACAAGGCAAGAAUAAGCCACACAUCAUAUCUGACAGAAAGCUGGAGACUGAGGAAAUUUUGUAUCUCCCAAAAUUAAACAAACGCCAAGUAAAAGAGAUAAUUGGCGUUAGUUGUACGCAGGCAGACUUUGACACAUCCAAGAAUUCCAGUUUUAGUCCAGAAAAAUCUCCGACUAAAUUGCGUAAUAAUCAAACCUCGCUGAGAAAAUCUGAUAACAGUAACCACAACAACAGCAACGAUUCAUUGCCGCUGCAGAUUGAACCUGAAAAAGAUACAACGUCGUGCAUCGAAUCAAUCGUGAGACCGAAAUCCAGGCUAAGUCUUUCUCUUUCUGGCAGUCGUCCGAGUUCUAGACUUUCGCAUAAAAGUCCCAGUGAAUCCACAGUGAGGAUAUUACAACAGAGAACUGAUGAGAAAUCUCCAAUUCUUGGCAUGAGUUCUGUCAGAGUUUCAUUUCACCAAAACGACGAAGAAACAAAGGAAGGAACUCAGCGAAACCAAAGUAAUUCUUCUACGGGAAAGGAUCGUUCCAUAAGAUCGUGCAGCGGUUUCAUGAAAAGAAAUCUUGUGUUGAAAAGAUUAUCUUCCGAAAGCGGUAAGCAUAAUGUGAGCAUGCUGAAGAGAGGUAAACUUUACAGGUCUCGAAGUAACGUCAAAUUUCUACGCCUUGGUUCGAUUAUAUCGCGAACUUUGCGAAACGAAUUAAAGAAUAUUUUUUGUUCUGGAAAAGUGUCGACGUGCGACGUGGAGACUCAGACGAAUUCUAGACUGACUCAGACAAAUCAUAUGGUAUGCAGUGUUUGUAAAAAACAUGUUAGCAGCGAGGCAUUGGACAAUGUGAUAAUUCCUGAAACACGGACCGUCUCCAGUGUCUCGAGUAAAUCAAAAGCAACGCAAAUUAAGGAAGUCGGUACGAGUGAUCCUGCAACGCAGCGCGCAUUGAUAGAAGAAGAAUUCGACACUGUGAACAAGGUGAAUAUGAUGUCUCCAAAAGAAGAUUCACAGCUCAAGUAUUUGUCAACGGAGUCUCCUACGGUUGACAAUACUGAACGUUCUGUUAAAAAAAGACGCAGAUCUCCUGAUCUCCAAGAAUAUGCUCAAGCGAUCGAAAAUUAUGCAAAUAAAUUGAUAGUAACUGAUUCGGAAGACCAAGAUACCCCGUGCCAAGAAAAAUAUCUUAGCAGUAAAGAAAUAAAUGAUCAGACACAGGAAAAAAAUUUUUCUAGCUUAGGAACUACAUUUUCUACAAAAACUUCUUUGCUUUCGAAGAUUACCGAUAAUCCUAAUUGUUUAUUAAAUUUAAGUAAGUCAAGAUCUCCCUCGUCACGUUCAGAUACUAAAUCAUUACAUACGUCGCCGAAAAGAAGAAUACGGGCAUCGGAUUCUUUCGCAAGUGAAUCUAAGAGACAAAGUAUGGAGAAACGGAAAUUACAGAUCAAAAUGAGCGGAAGUUACUGCAAUACUUCUUCUGAUUCUGACGGUGAAACAGUUCGAGUAAAAAAGGCAACGCCAAUAAGUAUGAGAAAGUGUUCGGGAGGUAGCAAAUCCCCGAUGGCAAAUGCCAAAUACAAAGUUGUAAGAAAAUUGAAGUACAGUCAAGAAUCUGGCUCAAAUCCUGGCACUAAUUUGAGAACCAGUCAACCGCUGGAACAACAAGGAACACACGAGAAGGAAAACAGAGCUGAAGAACCAUCUACGAAAAAAACAUUCAAAAGAAUACGUCAAAUGUCCAGUCCAGAAUUACAAGAUGAUUAUUUGGAAACAGAAGUAACAUCAAAAACCAGCGGGUCUAACAGCUCUCUAAUUGGUGCUAGGCCAAUUGUUUCUUGGGAAGUCAAUAAAAGCCCACUGCCGAGUGAAGAACUUAGCGUCGUUUUCUCAUCCAACAAGGAAACGCAAGAUUCUAAACGCAAGAGAUCUCCUUCCCCAAGCUCCAUCGACAUUCAUGCGAUAGCAAGUAACUGGUGCGCAGACCUGAAUCUUUCGUCGGAAGAAUUUGACAAUAAAAAUGACUCAGUUUUGGGAGUAUUUAGCAGCAAAGCUACAAAGAAAAAAAAAUUACAGAUUGAUAACUCGCCUGUAUCGUCGAGCAGUGACAGUCUACCGAUAUUGGACCAAACUGCGUUUUAUGGGCAGCCCAGGAAAGGCACAGAUUCAAUAUCAAAGUCAGAGAACCAUGAUGUGACAGAUCGAGUCGUCAAUGAGAAAAAUACAAUCACUCGUGACUGUGGUGAUGAAGUUGAAGAAGCUAUCGAAGUGAACAAAGGAUCUCUAAACAAUAGUCAAAGUAGCGCUAAAGAUAUCACAUCAGAUAAAGACAAGAGAAACAGGUCAAAUUGUGAUCUUGAAGAUGCCAGAAUUCCGUCUGAAAGAAAUGAAAAUUCUUGUGGUGAAAAUGCUAUUUCUGCCAUGUCAAAUAUUUCGGUGGAAAAAAAUGAAAUUGCCGAAAAUAUGGACAGUUUGCUUCAACUCGGCGAUAAAUUGAAUGGAGUGAUUACACCAAGAGGAAAUUCAACGCCGAUAAAGAACAAAUCAUUCCAAAAUAGAAACCCUGUAACAUUUCAUCGACAUUCGUAUAAUUCAAAUAAAGAAAAUGAGGCGGAAAGAGAGUCAGAGAAUGAGGAGGAUAAGGGAAAGGAAGGUACUUUACUCAGAGACUCGAGUAAAUUAACAAACCGCACAACUCAUGAAGCAUCAAAGGUGAAAAAUAUAAGGAUAUCAAACGAAAGAAAUGAUACGGUUGAAAGUGCUAGGGUAGAUGGCGACGUAGAAUCCUGUCAAUCGUCCUUCGAUCACGACUGUAUGAACAUAACGCAAGAUCACAUGAUGCUCCAAGAAGUCGAAAACAACUUACUGAGGCCAAAAUCUAUCAAGGAGAAAGAAAAGAACAGUCGAAACAAUGUGCAAAAAAGUGUUGAUGAAAAAGCGACAAAAAUUUCGCCUAAAAAAAAAUCAUUGGUAGCUAUGGACAAUCAAAAGGUCAAAGCUUGUACUGAGACACACUCUGACGACUCGGAAACUAUGGGUGAGGACAUAAUAGAACGUACACCGGAAAAGACUAAGGCGUUAAAAAAGGACCUUUACGACCACAUUGAAAAUUCGCAACGGUCGACUGUGUCGAGAAGAAGCUUCAUGUCGGUGGACAUAACACCGAUACAGAGAAAGUUUCAAAAAUUUAUGCAUACCGCUACCAACGUUUCUCCUUUAGUUGAAAGAGCUGGCAAAUCAUCAGCUGACCAACACGGCGCUGCCAAAAUUGCACGGCUCUCGUUUCACAGUACUCCUAAAUCAGUUGAUCCAAAAAAAAAUCUUUUGGCGCGACCCGUCUUGACAAAACCUAGGGGCGCGAGCGAGAGCAGAUUAUGCUUUGUCUGCAGCAACUUGACACUUCCUCAAAUUGAGAAUGUGAAGGCAUUUGCCCGUUUGCACAACGCGGAUUAUACCGUGAACUACAAACCUGAAGUAACCCACGUAAUUGUAAAAACUGAAGAAGAUGAUUCUGCAGCGAGGACAAUGAAAUACCUCCUUGGCAUUGCUCACAAGAAAUGGAUAGUCAGUUAUCAGUGGGUAACGGACUCUUCGAGUCAGAACAGGCUCCUCGAAGAGGAAGAUUACGAAGUGGUGGACAGUGACACGCAUGAGCCUGGACCACGCCGAUCGAGGUUGAGUAAAACAGGCUUGUUCGACGAGUUUGCCUUCACUUGCAUGGCGGCUACCUCAGAAAUUCCAGUCAGCAACCUUCAGGAUCUUGUAGGUAGCUCGGGCGGUACGGUGUUCCAAACUUUGGAAGACCUUGCCACUGAAAGGAAUAAGUACAAAGUUAUUUUGUACGACACUGAUACUCAACAGCCCACAGUCUUAGAUAAGUGGAGGCAGAAGAGUCGAGCAUUGCCAGUGCCGCUCGAAUGGGUUCUGACUUGUAUAAGUCAGUACGAGCUGGUGUCUCUCUACUCUUACCUGCCUCCCUUCACGCCUGAGGUAGCGGCGAACUUAGGAUUUCCACAAGAGCUACUCGUCGAAGACGAAGAGGACAGCCUCAGUCCAAAUGAAACGUCGGCAUCGAACGCUGCCUAAUAUACCACUUCAUUUCAAGUAACCACUUCACUACUAUUUCCAAUAAUAUAUCUAUAUAAUCUACAACUUGCUAGUAGAUAUAAGUAAGAUUUGAUCGUUCAGAGGCAUAGACUAUAAUCAAUAUCUUUUACGAUUUUCUAAUUAUUUUACUAUAAAUUGGAUACAGGAGAUUCAAUUAAUCAAUUAACCGAACCAAAAAUCUUCGCGAUCAAAAUUUUUAAUUUUCACUCAGAAAAAUUCAAGCAAAAUAAGUCAGUCCUUUGCUUGAAGUGGAAUUUCACUGACAAUAAUAUUUUGUGCAGUCGGCUAAAUCGUCUGACCUAAACGGCUGGUACGUUAGGGAAAUAUAUAUAUACCUAUGUAUGCAUAUAAAGGUAUGUAUGUAUGGGUACGCGAUUUUAAUUUACCUGCGGUUAUACGUUACGUAUUGCAGAAGCAUUUUAGUUAAUUAAACUGCUUGCUAUCGUCAUUUCUGUUACAAGUGUGAAUCUUUUUUUUUUUUUCUAGCCUUUAUAAGCUACACAUGUGCCAUCAUCAAAAACGAAAUAUUCUAUAUGCGAGCGUCAAGUUGUGAUGAUUUAUAAAUAAUAAUUAACUGGUAUACGUGUAAAACUUUUCUACGUAUUAUAUGUGCCUUUGUUAUGCAUUCAUAUAAUUGUUCAAAAUGCCUAAAGAUCAAACUUUAUCAAAGCGUUGUAAAGUGAACAUUAUUGAACCGUUACACAAAUUAGAAAUAAUUGAUUUAUAUUAUAAAAAUAUUCACAGAAAUGUAUAAAGAAUUCCGUUAUAAAAAUGAAUUUGAUACUAAAA